GCGGAGCAGAACCGUGGAGCAGAACCGGGGACGUCCCGCCCGCGGCGCCCGCUCCCGCCGCCACCUCCGCGCCCGCCGGCGCCGCGCCGCCGCCCUCUGACAGCGCCCGGUGCCGAUACCGGCAGGGCCUUUGCACUGAAGCCAAGUGAAGAACCUUAUAACUGCGCUACGCGCCCUGCAACUCAGCAAAGACUUUCAGCAAAGCACUCCUGCCCCAAGGAAGGACCUCCAGCACCGCUGAGCUCUGUGCCCUGCCCUAUCUGCCCAUCCCCACUUGAGGCGGGUGCUCAGCAGCUGCUUUUCUCCUGUCCCACCUGACUGCUCCCCACCAUGUUCCAGCGUCUCACCAGCCUCUUCUUCAGUGACAGCAGCACACCAGAGGGCCUGGAGGAGCCCAAACCCUUUGUCUCUGAGGAGGAGGAGGAGGAUGGAUGGCUCAUAAUCGAGCUUGGAGGCGGUGCUGCCCACCCCGGUGCACAGCGGCGGGCAGGGGCUGGUGGCCACGGGUGCUCGGUGCGGCCCCGUCCGGCGCCACCACCUGCCUCGCCACCGGCCCCGGUCCCAGCUCACACCGGCAGCCCCACGCCCACCCUGCCCAGCCCCUGCUUGAUGGACGAGAGUUGGUUUGUCACCCCUCCCCCCUGUUUUACUGCAGAGGAGCCCGGCCCCGACGGCGUGGGCAGCAGCCCGAUGGAGGACCUGCUCAUCGAGCACCCCAGCAUGUCUGUCUAUGUCACCAGCACCCUCGAGCUGGAUGCAGAGGGACCUCAGGACGAUGCUGCCGGGGAGGUGCCGGAGCCCCGGCUGGAGCGGCACGCGCCGCACCGCAGCGCAUCGCUGUCAGUGAAGGCCGCCGUCCUGGAGAAGAUCAGCCAGGCACGGCGCGUGCAGCGGGCCAAGCAGCUGGCCGAGAAGCCGUGGCUCAGCCAGAAGGCGCUGCAGCGGCAGGACCGGGCCCGCCAGCGCCCGCCCCGCCGGGCCCGCCAGCGCACGGGGAGCUUCCUCCACCAGCCCUGCCAGCGCCACUGCAACUACUGACCUCGCCCCGGCAUCCGCCGGCGGGGCUCGGCCUCCCACCGCCGCCGGCCCCGGCGCCGCCGCCCCGCGCUCCCUCCGCUCCCCUCACCUCUCCGGGCCGCCGCUCGGCGUGGUGCGGACGGUGGAGCAGCGCGGCGCUCUGCGCUGAGCCAUGCCGGCCGCUACCCCGAAACAGCCCUUCCCUAAACCCGUGGAGAAUCCCGAUGGUUGCGUCCUGAGGAGCUGUGACAUCAGUGCCUUUCUUCACGACGUCGUACUCCUCCAGGUGAACAGACUGCGAUGUCACGAUGCCGAGCAGAAGUGGCGAAAGGGACAGAGGCGAGAUUUGGUGUUUGAGGGGAAAAAAAGACGACGCUGUAACUGAUGAUGCUUCCUCCUCCCGUCCCUGCCGGCAGAGCAGAGCACAGGCGGAGCUGCUGUCGCUGCUGCCGGCAGCGCUGCUGGGCCCUCGGCGGCUCCAUAUCGGCAAAACCAGCAAUCCCUCUUCCUGCCCAAAAUUCUUCAUUGCGUUUUUACCACACUAAUAUGAAAACCCCACUGCCGUUUGCUUCAGAAAGCCAGGGGGGCUCAGCGUUCUCUGUUUUUAAAGACAACUUUACCAGAAAUCUCAGGAAACAAAGCACUGAGCCGGGAGCUGCUGGAGCCCUGCUGGGAGGUGGCGGCCAGGCGCUGGUGCGGCGCGGGAACGGCGGCGGAUCCCCGCAGCCUCCAUCUGCGCGCCCGGCGCCACCACGCCACGGCCACGAGCAGCCACAGCUCCUGUGCUGUGCGAGCCAAGGAACAUCAGCUGCCCUGCGCCACCCCCAGCAGCAGAGCGCAGAAGGGACCCGCGCAGACCCCCAGGUGGCAGAAGCACGUUGGAGCUGGCGGCAAAAGAACGUGAAGGAAAGGAUGGAAACCAGUGGUUGCAGCAUGAGGCCAGGCAGCAGGAGGGCUGCAGGCUGGAUCUGUGCCACAGAGGGAGCCCUGCCUGCCCCCGCCAACACUGUGUCGCUGAUGGCAGCCACCUCCAGGCCUGGGCGAUGCUUGUUGGUGCUGCUGCACUCAGGCUCCUCCUGGCACCCAGUGCCGGCCCCUGGAACUUGCUGCCCUUCACCAUUGGGAACCCCUGGAAUGGCGGCGUAGGAGCUGCUUUUAGGCAAUCACUGUAGGCCCAACCUCAGACUGCUGACUUUAUUUUUUUAAAUGAGAGAAAAACCCACCCCCAGACCCUCCUCCAGCGAGCGGCCUCCCAGGUCCCUGAGUGCGGACGUGGGUGGCACUGCUUGCCUGCAGGGCUUACCUUUAGCUCUGAUGACACCGUGAUCCCAAAAGCACAGGAAGAAUGGAAAUUUAUUUCAAAUGCUUUUAUUCUAAGCCACACAUUGGAGCCUUCCAGAUUCAAUUCUUCCAGGCCAGUUACUCGUUCCGGUCCUGCUGGGCACAGCGCUGGCUGCCAUGCUGCUGGGAGCCCAGUGCCGGCCAGUCCCAUUCCUAACAGGAACCCCCAUUUCAAACUCUCCUUUCUAAUUUCAGUAGCAGGCAGAGUGAAGGUUCUGAGGCAGAAAACAGGCAGUUCUGUUGUGCUUCUUUUCCAGCUGUUCUGGUAAGCACAGAGCUGCAGAGCUUGUUCCCAGAGCAGAGCAGGAGCGAACUGGGGGUCAGUGCCUCAUCCUGCCCACCCUGGGCACAGUCAAGAUGCGCAGUUUCAUUUCUGUGCCGGAGACUGAUGGAUGGAUGAUUCCUUGACUUGAGAAGAAAGUUUGCAUCCUUCGGCUUCCUUGGCUUCACGUGAAAUGCCUUUUUAUUUCUGAAGUGAUCCCUGGUACAAACUGGGAGCACUGCUCCUGUAGGAAUGUGGCCACAGGCGCUGCUGAGGAUGACAGUACUUUUCUCGGGCACUUCGGUGUGGUGAGGAGGGCUGGGUUUGAUACCUUGAGUCACAUCCCACACUCCUGCUCUCUCCCAGAGCUCUGGAUAAUAUCCCCGUUGGCAAUGCCUUCAGAGGAAGAAUUUUUUCUCUAGCCCAAAUGCACAUCAAGAAGCUAACUGCCAGCAAUUCCUGCCUCCCAGCCAUCUCAACCUGCUGUAAGUUCUGCACAUCUGAGCAGCCACCAGUCCCAAUGGCCCCUGCAAGGAGCUCCCAAAGCCAAGGCUGGGGGAUCCACCUCCACCCCUCUGCAGCUCAGAGGUGCAGAUGGGCACCGUGCAGCCCCUGGGCCGAAUGCUGCCUCAUGCACACUGUGUGUCUUGUGUCCACUCCGCUGCUUGCAAGCGUUGCCCCCUAGGAGACUCCUCACCAUGUCAACACUGCUUCCUGCUCCUCCUGGCGCCAGGGCAUCCACAGCCCCUGCAGAGCCCUCAGUGGUUCCCAUCAUCUGUUUCAAACGGCAAAUGCUGUUGCUCCGUCCUGUUUUGGGGAAGAGACUGCAGAAUGUUCUGUUUUCCUUUCAUCUUUCUGUGCCAGUCUGAGACAUCUGUCAUCACGCUGCUCCCAGCCAACACAGGAAAAAAAGUGGAACUACUAUCACACUUUUCAUCAAUAAUAUCUUUAUAAAAGGUUAAUAAAUUAUUAACAGUGUUCUAAUGAAGAGGUUAAUCCAGAGACGUAGCAUCCCAUGGGCGAGUGGAGUGCACUUACUAUGGUGAAUAGGCUCCUGUGGUUCCCCCCUCUGUUGUUUGCACACUUGCUCAUGUAUUAAUAUCUAUUAAUCACUGAUUAACCCCGCACACGGUGUGGAUUCACUUCUCGCACUUUGUGACCGACACUUCUGUUGCUGUGGCAGAGACACCUUUGAACUGCACUUUGCAGAAGACCUGUGCUGCUCCUGUCCUGUCCAACGGUGAUCACUCCAGCCAGCCUGAUACCAAAUCUCCUGCCCCACUGUUCUAAGAUCAAGGAAAACCCUUCGCACUGAGGUGACGAGCCUCCUUGAAUCUUAAAACAAAUGAAAGGUGCUUAAAAACUGAGAACUUUUUGGUGUGCACAGGUGUGCACGUGUAAAUAUUUUCAAACCCGGUGUGGAUGUUCAGUAGGUUGUUUUGGGGUUUUGAGUUUUUAGUUUUUUGCAUCCGGUCUUUUUGAUUUGUGAGUAGCUGUGUGGUGCUCGUGGCGGGAGGGGAGCACAGAGCAGAGAGAGCUGUGGCCGCGUCCUGCUUGGGCAGUGGGGGGAGUUCUUGGCUUUGUUUUGUUGUGCAAGGGGAAGCUGCAGCGUGGGCUCAGGGACAAAUGAGUUGGCUGGGGCCCAUCAUGGGGUGCUUUUCUGGACACCUCCAUUCGGACGUGGGUUCCGUUGCUGCCCACGAGGCCGUGGUUACUCAUCUGUGCAGAGCUGUAGGGCUGUGUGCACUGUGUCCCCUGGGCAGCGUGGAGUGGGGAUGUGUGGGCAUGGGCAUGAGAGCAGUAGCUGCAACCUUGUGCUGUGUUAUCUCCGAUUCCCUUGUGUUUAUCCCCAGAUCCACGUCGUACUGCUAGAAUGGAGCAGGCCAGUUCUGCUGUACAUAACCCAGCGCAGACUGACGCCUUGAGAAAGCCCCAGGAUUUGGGCAGCCAGAUGGCACCGUCUGCUG